GGCGGGACGCUGGGGGCGGCCCCGGGCACGGCCCCCCCGGGGCGGCGGCGGCGGCAGCGGCGGGAAGAGCAGGAGGAUGCCGUACAUCCUCAUCAGCACACAGAUCCGCUUGGAGGUUGGCCCCACCAUGGUGGGUGAUGAGCAUUCGGAUCCCAACCUGAUGAGCUUCCUGGGGGCCAUGAAGAGGAACAUGCUGGGGAAUCACUUCUGGGAGUACUACGUGAACGAUGCUCCACGUGUCGUCCUGAACAAGCUGGAGAGCUGCGGCUACCGCGUGGUGAGCAUGACCGGCGUGGGGCAGACCCUGGUGUGGUGCCUCCACAAGGAAUAGCCAGGAAGACUUCAGCAUUCCACCCGGACCACAUCCUGCGGGGGCUCAUCUCACACAGGACUGACAGCAAACCUUCCCCCUUCAUUCCUUUCUGUCCCAGACUCCAGGCACUCGGGCGCAGGGGAGGAGCAGUGAGAGGCAAAACGUGACCCAAGGGGACCCUGUCACCCCUGCCAUUAGGCAAGGCCAGGGGGAGGUGAGCCCAGCCCAGUGCAAUCAGGCCAGAGAAGAGCUGGCUCCAUCUCUACAUUCAUCUGAGUGGCAGCCUGGCAAAUACCAUCAUCUUUUCACAUUUUAAUCAUCUCUUUAGCAUGCACUGGAGGGAGCUCAAUACAGACCUGCCUGCUCCUCGGGCUGACCUGAGGUCAGGGCACAUCUUCUCCCAGGCCAUAGAGGCAGCCAAGCAUGGGUGGGAAACCAGCUCAUCCCCAAAACGCAAGCAGGAAGUGCAGAACCCACACUGAGCAUCCCUUCACAGGCAGCAAGGUGGUUUCUCUCCUACAUGACGUUGUAGUCAGCAGCACCAUCAGCCCCCGGAGGCCAUUCAAGUGUUACACAUUGUCCCCAAAAUAGCCUUAGAGCAGCAGAGAAAGGUCUCAUGAAGACUUAAGGUACAGGUCUGUCACCUUAGCAGCAGUGCUGGAUGGUUUGGGACUGGAUCAAUCCUGUUGAAGGGGUAACACCAAUAAACCAUUUCUCUGAAGAGA